AUGUACAGGGGUAUUCUAGAUGACCGAACAGUUAUCAUUAAGUACCUAGGCUCGACAUGUCAACAUGAACAUGGACAUGGGUUCGACAUGGCUAUUCGUGAUAUUAUCAUAUCAAUGCAGAUGAGCACCCAUAAGAAUUCCUUGAAAUUAUUAGGCUGCUGCUUAGAGUUCGAUACACCAGCUUUGGUGUUUGAAAAUGCAGGAAAAGGAGGUCUCAAGAGGGAUGGAAGUUUAGUAGUGGAUAAUGAAUUAUUACCAUGGAAAACUAGACUGCGUAUUGCAAAGCAGCUUGCUAGUGCACUUACAUACCUGCAUACAGCCUUUCCAAGGCCCAUCAUUCAUAGGAGUAUAAAAUCCCACUGCAUUUUAUUGGACGAUGACUAUGUUCCCAAACUCUUCGACUUUGCAGACUCCAUAACCAUUCCUCCUGACCAAUUGUAUGUUCAAGAAGAUGUCGCAAUAGGGAUAAGGGGGUUCAUGGACCCUUCUUACGUAAAGUCUCGUCAAUGUUCAGAAAAAAUUGAUGUUUAUUGCUUUGGUGUGCUUUUACUUGUAUUCUUGAUGCGACGAGAAGCUGCACAUUGGAAUGAGGCAGGAAAUGUGUGGGAAUACCUUACUGAAGAUCCGAAACUUAAUGUUUCUAAUGGACAGAUUCAAAUAGAGACAAUUGCGGACCCUAAAAUCCUUGAGGAAGUCGGGGGAGAUGAGCAAGCACAACAGCAACUGAAGGAUUUCCUAGCACUGGCAUUGUUGUGCAUCCAAGACAAAAUUGAAGCAAGGCCAGAUAUGAUUGAUGUGGCCAAAGAACUCGUACGAAUUGAAAAGUCUAUCUUGCCUUAG